CGGAAGACAACAAGACCACGUUGUUUCCGAAUCAAAACGUGUUGCGAACAUAGCUCAGCGGUUGCAGACAGCAGAGUAACGUUACUGAGAGUAGCAGAGAGCAGACUACUGAGAGAACUUUGUAGCCUUAACUACUUUAACGUGUCAUAGUCUCUACCCAGUAACGGGAUGGAGGCCCAACCAGAGGAGACGGCUGUGGUACCAGAGGUUCUGCAGAGCUCAGCAGAGACACACGGAGAGGAACUGGAACUUAACGACGGUACCAGCACCGAGCACCUGGAGGACGGAUGCACAGCUGAGACAGAACCUCAGGGACUGACCUCCGUGACCUCAGACAGCCGUUUACCGGGAGAGUUAACGGGAGGAGCAGAGGAGAUGGAGGUUACAGAGAAUCUGAACUCUGUCUCGAGCUCCGAGCUGGGAGACGGAACCACACACACACAUCUCCCCCAGGACCUCCCCCAUGAUCUAUCCCAGGACCUCUCUCAGGACCUCUCUCAGGACCUCUCUCAGGACCUCCCCCAGGACCCCUCCCAGGACCCCCCCCAUGACCUCCCCCAGGACCCUCCCCAGGACCUCCCCCAGGACCUCCCCCAUGAUCUAUCCCAGGACCUCUCUCAGGACCUCUCUCAGGACCUCCCCCAUGACCCCUCCCAGGACCCCCCCCAUGACCUCCCCCAGGACCCUCCCCAGGUACUGCUGACGUUACAGGACGGUGUGUGUGUCAGGGACCAGCGGGACGGUAGCAGCUCCUCCUCAGACAGUGAUUCGGACUCCUCUUCCUCCGGGGUGACGCUGGCUGUUGUGUUAGGUCAGGCAGAUGAAGAUGAUGAUGAUGAUGAAGGCUUCAGUCGGGCAAGGAAACCCUGUGCCAUCAAAACCCUGGACGAGACCCUGCCUGAGGAGUUGCCUGCUGUCGAGGAGUUGACGGUUGUUCUACCAGAGGAGGCGGAGAUACUGCCCCUAGGGUCAGUCAGCAGUAUCAUCCAACAGCUGG